GCUCAGCCAGGUUUCGUCAGCUGCGCCGCGUGCCGCUUCAGGUGGAACUUCCUCAAGAACACGCAUUGCUGGACGUGUGGCCAAUCCCUCGAGCUCAAGCUUGUCAACCCGUCGCCGCGCAAUGGAGUCUGGGCGGGCAAUGGAGCAGGAGGGGCAGCGCCGAAGGCCAGCCCCAAGGCCAAGGCCGCAGUGGCGGGUGGGAGCUCCAAGGCCAAGGCCGCAGCGGCGAGCGGCGCCGUCGAUGGCCGCCGUGGCUUUCCUGGCGCCCCCGGGCCGUCAUCCGGGUCAUCGGAGCUCGACGAGCUGCUGGCCAUCCCCGACCCGUCCAUGGCGGCCAAGCUCCGGGGGGCGGUUGCGGAGGCCCAGGCGGAGGAGGCCAAGCUCCUGCGCAGUCGGGCCCAGGCCUCGGGCAUGUCGCCGCCGACUCCCGAUGGCUCGAAGUCAGUCACCUUCGCCUUCGACGCGGGGGCGCUCGAGAACUUCAGCGAGCUGGAGAAGGAGGCCCAGACCAACCUCCAGAUGUGCGAGGAGGGCCACAGGGCCAUGCUGGAGGCCGGGGCGAUGUUCGAACGCAACUGCCAGGAGCAGCUGCAGCGGCUCAAGAAGGACAUCGAGGAAGCCGCGGCCAGCAAGCGCCGCAAGAGG